AUGCUGUCAAAAGUGUGCUGUCUUGGUGCAGGUUAUGUUGGAGGUUCAACACUUUCAAUUAUAGCUCAUUACUGUCCGGAGAUUCAAGUUACUGUUGUUGAUACUUGUGAUGAACAAAUCAAGAUGUGGAACUCAGAUACUCUGCCAAUAUAUGAGCCGGGAUUAGACGAGAUUGUUAAAUUACACCGUGGAAAAAAUCUACACUUUUCUUCGGAUAUUGACAAAGCAAUAGAUGAAGCUGAAAUGAUUUUUAUCUCUGUGAAUACCCCAACAAAAAAUUGGGGCCUCGGUAAGGGUAGAGCAACUGAUCUGACUAACUUGGAGGCUGCAGCUCGACGUAUAGCUAAAGUAUCACGACAACCCAAGGUUAUAGUUGAAAAAAGUACUGUACCGGUGAAAGCAGCAGAGACUACAAGUACCAUACUUCAAUUUGAAGCUAGGUCUCGUCGUAACAUAUCCAGUCUUACAAUAACAACUAAUAAUAGUGAUAAUAAGCUUAAUGAAUUUGUAGUCUUAUCGAAUCCGGAAUUUCUAGCUGAAGGUACUGCUGUCAAUGAUUUAUGUAAUCCAGAUCGUAUUCUUAUUGGUGGUGAUUCACAUUCGUCAUCUGGUAAAUUAGCAAUUGAAAUGUUACGUUGGAUAUAUUUACAUUGGGUACCAGCAGAACGUAUACUUAUUACAUCGACGUGGUCAUCGGAAUUAUCUAAAUUGGCAGCUAAUGCUUUUCUUGCUCAACGUAUUAGCAGUAUCAAUGCUAUCUCGGCUAUAUGUGAACAAACAAAUGCUGAUAUUAAAGAAGUGUCUAAAGCAAUCGGUGCAGAUCAUCGAAUUGGUCCAUAUUUUUUAAAUGCUAGUCUUGGCUUUGGUGGUAGUUGUUUUCGUAAAGAUAUUUUAAGUUUGAUGUAUAUAUCAGAGACAUUGAAUUUACCAGAAGUAGCUGCUUAUUGGUAUAGUGUACUACAAAUGAAUAAUUAUCAAAUUGAGAGAUUUACACGUAAUGUAAUUGAAAAAUUGCAUAAUACAUUAAAAGGAAAACGUAUUGCAAUAUUUGGCUUCACUUUUAAAGCAGAUACACAUGAUACAAGAGAUAGUCCUGUGAUACCAUUGUGUAAUCAGUUAUUACAAGAACAGGCUGAACUAGCAAUCUAUGAUCCUAAAGCUCUUCAUAAACAAAUUGAAUCAGAUUUAUUAAUCAAUAAUAAUAAAGAUUCAUUUAGUCAAUUCGUUCACAUUUGUUCUACGCCUGAGGAAGCUGUCACCAACGCCUAUGCUAUUCUGAUAUGCACAGAUUGGAAAUGUUUCCAAGAAUAUGAUUAUGCGAAAUUUUACCGUUUAAUGACGAAACCAGCAAGAAUAUUUGAUGGACGCAUUAUAUUAAAUCAUAAACAAUUAAGUCAAAUAGGUUUUAUUGUUGAAGCAAUUGGUAUUGCAUCAGAAAGUUUUACCAUGAAUGGUUAUGUUGAAUAAUAAUAAUAGUCAACAGUAAUAAUACAAUUUCAUAUAUUAGUUAUUAUUACUUUUAUUUUUGACGUCAGCUUCGGCCUUCUAUGUUUAUGCUUAUUUAUUUAUUUAUUUCAUCUUUCGUUUCUUUUGGUAGUAUUUUGUUAAUUUUAAUUCUUAUGAAAUGUAGAAUGUUGGCAAUAAAGAAAUUCCUGUAAUUAUGACUGCAUAUUGCUUCUUUUUGUGUUCUUCUGUUAAAACAUGUACAUUCACAUAUCUGAUUUAUGAUAUUUUCAUUACAAUGCCCCCCACCUAAAAGAAAACGACGUAAAACUUAUUUCUAACUACACUCCAAUUUGCUUUCAUUUUGUAUGUUUGUGUAUAUGUGCUUUGUUCACACAUAUCCAUUGUCUAAAGAUAGACAAUGUAUUGUCAAUCUAUGCACACCUAUCUUGUAUUAUUCAAAAUUGUGUUUAUGCCGGUAUCUAGUGAAUGUUAUAUUAAUGUACUGUUUAUCCUCAGGAGCUUGUGUUCUUUUUUUCAGUUUAAGAACAAUAUAAUUCUCUAAUUUAUUUUGUACGCUGAAAUAAUUUCCACUGUUAGCUUAUUUAUGUAUAAUUUAUUUUUAUUACUGAUGACUUAUGAAAGUGUAAUCUUUUAAAAAUGACGAAAAAAUACUUUUCUUACACCUUUAUUCAUAUUCUAAUACACAGAAACUUUUAACUUUAUUAAACAAGAUAUUAUUGAUACUACUGUGGUGUGGGCUACUAAUUUCGACAUAUAUAAGUAGUAUGUAUUUACAAUCCAUAGUGGAAUACCUAACAAUAAGAGGUUGAAAAAAUCAAAGAGAAAAGAACAAAAUCAGAGAGUGAUUGUAUGGAAACGAAGGAACAACAAAUUCUGAGACAGUUGAUGGAUAUUUUACAAAUUACGUAUUUACUGUAUGUUUCUCAGAUUUUACCAAGGUAUUCUGUAAUGUUGUAUUGGAUUACAUAUAUGUGUCUCCACUUGUGUUCUCGUUAACUACACUACUACUGCUACUAUUACUACUAAUAAUUAUAAUCAUAAAUCGAUUCUCAAUUGUCAUUUUUUCCCCUAUCACUUGUAAUUUCUUCCGUAAACAGCUUAUCAUUGAAAUGAAUAAUGACCCAGUGAUUUAUUCUGACCGAAUGAUUAUUGUUUCAACAAUUAUUUUGAUUUGCUUCGAAUUUUGUCUACUUUCAUUCACUUCUUUUUCUUGUUUUCUUUUUCAUAAAUCAUUCCUGUAUAUUUUAUAAAGCAAAUUAUCUAUGAAUCUGGUUGUGAUGAUGUCUUUUAUUAAAAUGUACAAAUCAUGAAAAAUAUUCACUUUCUUGCAUUAC